AUGGCGGACAGCGUGUUUACGGAGGAUCAAUGGCAGGCAUUGCUUGCACUCGUUGACUCGGUUGUUCCCUCGGUGGCAGUAGGAGAAUCGAAGACGACAAACAGCAAUAGCAUCGCCAUCACUCAAGUUGAAUUCGAUGAAUUUUACCAACAAAUUCGGCGUAAAAUGACAAAUCCGCCUACCAUCGAAGAGUUCCGGGAAUAUCUAUCGGCACGGCCCGUGGAUAAUCCCAAGUUCGUCGGUGCUCUCAAGGGGACCAUUUCCAACUUGCCUCCGACUCCAGUAAAGCAGCUUGGCUUCAUUCUCAAUGUCAUUUUAACACGACUCGGUAGCUUAAUCAGCACCGGGUCCUUAACACCCCUUACCAAGCAGUCAACACCCGUACGAGAGGCUAUCAUCCAAUCAUGGCAACGGUCCUGGCUAUUUCUUUGGCCCAUGAUUGCUAAGAACUUCUUGGUCAUGGGAAAAGUAGCUUGGAGCACGACUGACCCCCUCCUGCUGAGGAUUAGCGGGUAUGAGCAAUACAUAGAAGAUGCCAGAAAGCCUAAGCCCGGGCCUACGAUAGAUUACAAGUUCCUGCAGUUCCAUGAUCCGCUUCCAGAAGGCGAGACUGUCGAAACUGAUGUGCUUGUCGUUGGUUCUGGAUGUGGUGGGGGCGUCUGUGCCAAGGUGCUUGCUGAAGCUGGUCACCGCGUCAUCGUAGUCGACAAAGGGUAUUAUUUUCAGCCAAGCGAGCUUCCUCUAGCCCUGGACACUAUGAGCAGCUUGUUCGAAGGCGGAGGCUCAAUGUCAACGGUCGAUGGGUCAACCUUUAUUUCCGCGGGAAGUUGUUGGGGGGGAGGUGGUACAGUCAAUUGGAGUGCAAGUAUUGCGACUCCGGAUGAAGUUAGGUCUGAAUGGGCAGAAGAACAUGGAUUGGACUUCUUCAAGGAAGCUGAUUACGAGGCCUCGAUGGACCGAGCUUAUAAGAUGAUGGGGGUUAGCGAGUCACAUGUGCAUCUAAAUCACGGUAACAAAGUUAUCCUUGAGGGGUCUCGGGCUCUUGGUUGGAAUUCUAGGGUCGUUGCGCAGAACUCCGGUUCCUCUAGGCACAGCUGCGGUAGCUUUUGCGCUCUUGGUUGCCGGACGAGUACGAAGCAAGGACCUGCCGUUAGCUGGUUACCAGCAGCAGCGAAAGCUGGUGCUGAAUUCGUUGAAGGGUUCGAAGUAUCGAAGAUACUUUGGGGUGAUGAUCAUGGAUCGAAGAAAGCGGUUGGAGUUGUAGGAACCUGGACACCUCGCGAUACCGAUGGCAACGUGCAAACUGCGAAGACCAAGACUAAGAAACAGGUCUACAUCAGAGCUAAGAAGGUCGUCUUGUCAGGCGGUUCACUUAACACCCCCCUUAUUUUACUAAGGAGUGGGUUGAAGAACAGCCACAUCGGGAAGAACCUCUACGUGCACCCUUGUAGCGUUACGCUAUCCAUCUUCAAAGACGAGGUCAGGGGAUGGGAAGAUGAAAUCUUGACGAGCCUUAUGUACGAAUUCGAGAACCUCGACGGUAAAGGCCAUGGCGUCCGUGUCGAAAUAGCGAAUAUGCUUCCAUUCAUGUCCAUGCUGCAAAUUCCAUGGCACAGUGGAUUGCAGUACAAGGUCGAUGCUCUAGGCUUUCGACAUAUGAACAACUUCCUCUCUCUAGCGCGUGAUCGCGACACAGGCUCGGUAUAUCCGGACGUUGAUGGAAGUCCUAUUGUUGCUUAUACGCCGUCAAAGUUCGAUCGAGGAAAUAUACAAACCGGAGUGGUUGCUGUCGCCAAGAUGUGCUACGUCCAGGGAGCCACGGAAUUGAUCCCUCCGAUUCGAAGCGUUCCGCCUUUCAAAAGUGACACGCCAGCCAUCGAAAGGAAAGUGGAUGAUGCCAGUUUUGCUAGUUGGAUCAGAGUGCUCGAACAGGCAGAUUUCACCGACGCCCUGCUAGUAUCGGGCCAUCAGAUGGGCUCGUGCCGCAUGAGCAAAACCAAAGAAAAGGGUGUAGUCGAUCAAUAUGGUAAGGUGUGGGAGACGGAAAACCUGUACGUCGCAGAUGCGAGCGUAUUCCCUUCGGCAAGCGGAGUGAAUCCUAUGAUUACUAUAAUGGCCAUUUCAGAUCGCAUUGCCAGGGGUAUUGCAGCCGGUUUAAGAUAA